AUGAAAGAAAUGGACAAGUUGCUGCUGACAUUAGGGGACAUACCACAUCAUGCACCAGUGCUGCUGUCUUGGGCUUUGUUGCGCCAUACGCUGAACCUGGAUGAAUCAACUCCUGUAAUCAGGCACUUGGGAAGCACUGCUAUUCAGCAGAAUGUGUUCCAGUUUAUGACACAGAUGCUUAAGGCACUUGGCAGUGGGGGAAACAAUUGUACUGCCAGUACUGCACGGAUGUGUUUCUAUGGACUGCUGUCAUUUGUCUUGACAUCGUUUGAAGAAGAAACUUUGGGAGAUCAGCAGCACUUGAUUGAUGUUGCCUGUGAGGUAUUCACAGCCCCUAAUCUGGCAGAACUUUUUUGGGAUACUGAGCCCACAGCAGGUAUUGCUAUUUUGUUGGACAAUAAUUGUGGAAUGUUCCCGCAGUCAAUGGCACCACUGUUACAACUACUAUCUGCACUGAUAUCCGAUAAAUCCACUGCUAAAAAGGUUUACAGUUUUUUGGAUAAAAUGACAUGUUACACAGAGCCAUAUAAGCAUAAACCACACGAUGUACUUUCCCAUGAGGAUGGGACCCGGUGGAGGAGGCAAAUGCCAAAGCUGCUUUAUCCUCUUGGUUCUGGUCAGGCUAAUAUACGCAUGUCGCAGGGUACGUAUGGACAUGUAAUUCCUGCAGGGCAGGGUUUUCUGGUACGUUGGGAUUUCUCAUAUAGCUCCUGGACAGUGUUCACUUGUGAGAUUGAGAUGCUGUUACAUGUCGUUUCAACAGCAGAUGUUCUUCUUCACUGCCAGAAGGUCAAACCGAUUAUUGAUUUAGUACACAAAAUAAUCAGCACGGAUUGGUCUAUUACGGAUUAUCUGCUGCCAAUCACUUCUCGUCUGUACAUGUUAAUCCAAAGGCUUAGUUCUGUGCUAAAUCCUCCAACGGAUGUGAUUGCUUCUUGUGUAAAUACCCUAACUGUUCUGGCCACACGGAUGCCAGCCAAGGUAUGGGCAGAUCUACAGCAUACAGGCUUUUUACCAUACUCUGUGACACAAGUCACUGGGAUUGCUCAAUCCCUCAGGGCUGAAGGAAUGCAAGCUGGUAGUUAUGGUAACCUGCUGCUGAGCAUUGAGAGACCUCAGGGCGAGUAUAGUGUCACAAUGGCCUUUCUCCGACUGGUCACAACGCUUGUCAAGGGGCAGCUGGGGAGUACUCAGAGUCGAGGUCUUCUGCCUUGUGUGGUCUUUGUCUUAAAAGAGUUACUGCCAACUUACCAUAAAUGGCGCUACAAUAUCUAUGGCAUACGAGAGGAAAUUGGUUGCCUAAUUUUUGAACUUAUUUAUACCAUCCUGCAUCUGAAUCCAGCAGAGGAAUCACAAGGCAGCUCACUCAGUCUUCAGUCUUUGUGCACGCAUUGUUUGGCAAACACAGAAGCAGGGCAAGCCAUCAUAAAUAUUAUGGCUGUUGGGGUGGACACCAUUGAUGCAGUAAUGGCAGCACAGCCUAACAGCUGUGGAUCUGAAGGAUCAGGCCAGACACUCAUUCAGACUAUCAAGUUAGCAUUUUCUAUAACUAACAAUGUCAUCAAACUGAAACCAUCAUCAGAAGUAGUUUCGCCAUUGGAGCAGGCCCUAACACAACAUGGUACCCAUGGCAAUAACUUAAUAGCAGUUUUGGCAAAGUACAUAUACCACAGGCAUGAUCCUGCAUUGCCGCGCCUUGCUAUCCAGCUCCUGAAGAGACUUGCAAUGGUGGCCCCGAUGUCAGUGUAUGCCUGCCUUGGAAGUGAUGCUGCAGCAAUACGUGAUGCAUUUCUUAAUAGACUGCAGAGCAAGACAGAGGACAUGCGGAUUAAGGUGAUGAUCCUGGAGUUUUUAACAGUUGCUGUGGAGACGCAGCCUGGUUUGAUUGAGCUCUUCCUCAACUUGGAAGUGAAAGAUAAUGCAGUUGGGUCAAAGGAGUUUAUCCUGGGGGAGUGGAGCUGUCUGCAAGUGAUACUGGAAUUCAUCGACUCCAAGCAACAAGGAAAAUAUUGGUGUCCUCCUCUAAUCCAUCGUGCUGCCAUUGCUUUUUUGCAUGCACUGUGGCAGGAUCGUAGGGACAGUGCGAUGACCGUUUUGAGAGCCAAAGAUCAAUUCUGGGAAAAUUUGACGUCUGUGCUUUUUGGAGAACUGCCAGCACCCUGUAACAUUACAGAGAAGAGCGUACUGGACACUUGUGCCUUCACCCUGAAGAUCAUCUGCCUGGAAAUUUACUAUGUUGUCAGGGGUUCUCUGGACCAAUCUUUAAAGCACACACUGAAGAUGUUCUUUGAGAAGAAGCGGUAUGAAUAUUGGUCUGAGUACAUAAAAUCUCUUGUUACGCAUAUGAUGGAGACAGAAACUGAGGGGGUUGCUCCAUUUCUGGAGUUCCAUAUGAUAAUCUCUGCAUGGAGAAUGGUGCUCGUACUGGCUACCAACUACGUGGAGGUGAUGCAUCUAUGUGAUAAUUCACUACGGCUACAGUUAUUACAAGAUGUUCUAGAGGGAACCAAAGUUUUGCUUCUGGUGCCUUCAUCUGCUUCAUGUUUGCGAAUGGGAUCUAUGUUGGCAACACUCCUCCUAAUCUUGUUGAAACAGUGGAAAAGCAUCAUUGUUCAAGUGUCUAAAAUUCUGGACCCACUGGACCAAAUUCUAGAGAGUCUGUCACAGAGUAACCAGUACUUUAUGGAGAAGACAAAGGCAAAAAUAUUUUCAGCUAUCAUAACUACUCUUCAGAUCAAACGGCUACGAGUUUCUGACAUCUCCCAGUAUUCCCAAAUGCUCCUGACUGUGUGUGAGACCAUACAUAACGAGGCGAUUGUUCUGUUUGACCAAACACAUCAUGCACUGACAACAGGAGACGCUGGUCUGUCUGAUGACAAGGAUUGUAUGGAGACAGAUUGUGCACCACGGUUACAGCACAAGGACCAGAAAGAUGGGGUAUGUGUGCUGGCUCUGCAUUUGUCCAAAGAACUUUAUGAAAUGGAUGAAAAUGGCAACCACUUAUUUUUGAUUACCCGGAAGGUUCCAUUCCUUCCUGCCAUGCUUAGUACCCUGGAACUGAGCCUUCGAGUCAAACAAAACCUACAUUUUGCAGAGGCAUCUCUGCACUUGCUUUUAGUAUUAUCCAGAACUCAGCAGGGAGCAGCCAUAGUGGCAGGAGCUGGUGUCCUACCAAGCAUUUGUCUGCCGCUCCUAAGCGUUUACCAGCUUAGUACCAAUGGAACUGCCCAGACUUUGGGAUCCUCACGCAAGUCUCUGGAUGCCCCCUCCUGGCCAGGUGUUUAUCGGCUCGCCAUGUCACUCAUGGAAAGACUUUUAAAAUCACUCCGCUACAACUUCCUUUCAGAAGCUUUAGACUUUGUUGGGGUUCAUCAGGAGCGGAUAUUGCAGUGCUUGGAUGCAGUCCGGAAGGUGCAGAGCCUGGCUUGCCUUGAUGAAGUUGAUCACACAGUUGGGUUUAUUCUUCAACUCUCCAACUUCAUCAAAGAGUGGCGUUUUCACCUGCCACAGCUCCUUCGAGAUGUACAGGUGAACCUAUGUUACUUAUGUCAGACAUGUACUUUUCUGCUUCACAGCCCCAAGGUGCUUCAACACUAUUUGCAGGUGAAGAAUGGUGAUUCUAUUCCGUCUGCAAUUCUCCCUCGACAACCAAAAUCCGUUCAGACUCCAAUGAAACAACAAAACACAGAAAAAGAGGAAAUGGAGCAGCGUGCAUUGCUGAAAGUCCAGUCUAGUUUGCUUAGGAUUCUGAGUAAGACAUUAGCAGCUGUUCGACAUUUUACCCCUGAUCUCUCCCAGAUACUGCUAGACCAGUCCCUGGAUCUGGCUGAAUAUGAUAUGCUCUUUGUCCUGAGCUUUACUACUCCGGCAUUUGAUUCUGAUGUUGCUCCAUCAUUUGGUACUCUACUAGCAACUGUGAAUGUUGUCUUGAACAUGCAGGGAGAGAUUGAUAAGAAGAAGGAGCCCAUAUCUUUGAACGUGGGGCCACUGACUUCAACUGAAGAGGCAAAGUCAUUAAAGUCCCUUCUGAUGUUCACGAUGGAAAACUGUUUCUAUGUGCUGAUUUCACAAGCGGUCCGUUAUUUGAAGGAUCCAUCUGUUCACUCACGUGAUAAGCAGAGGAUGAAACAGGAACUAAGUUCAGAACUGAGUACAGUUUUGUCUAGCAUUUCUCGCUAUUCCCGUCGUGGCACACCAUGUUCCCCUGCUGCGGCCUUACUGAUGUCUCCUCCAAGCAAAUCCAGCUGCUCCAUAUCCAAGUUGAGUCCUGAGAAUCAGGAACCAUUAAUCCAGCUUGUCCAGGCCUUUGUGCGACAGAUCCAGAGAUAGAAUAGGAUCAACCAUUCUGUUAAACUUCAAUGCUUUCUAGCUCUGGACUAUGUACAACUUCAUUUGCAGCAGUUUUUACUGACCAAAGCUCAUGUGAACAUGUCAGAAUAGGACUCUGGCUAUUUUAAUUGAAACUGUUAUUGAAAAUGCUUAUUUUUGGUAAACAAUUUUCAGCUGAUCCACUUGUUUGUCUCAAAGUUAAAUAGAAUUACAUUACAAAAUAUAAUCAUGACAGCCCAUUUGAAUAAAUGGUAGCUGUAUAUAAACAAUUGAAGAAUUGUACAGUCGCAUCUGCUAUUAGUUUUGUGACAGUAAAGAUGUACCUCAAGCCAUUUGAGACUUUCUACUGUAGAAUUGUAAUGUUAAUGAAUAGGAGGGGUUCAAGGAAAAAAAGUCAUUCUGAAGGGAUGUCGUGCUGUGUUAGUUGCAUCUUUAUAAGGCAUCUUUAAUUCCAGUUUUAUAAUAAAUGUGAAACCUAUUCACCAGUGAAAGCUGCCAUGGAAACAACACUCCCUGGUUGGGUUCGUGUGUUGCAAGCAUCUCUGUUGAGACUUAUCAAGAAACAGCAUUUCAGAUUGGUUAGGAAUGCUAUGACAGUUUAUAAUCUUUUUACAGCUACUCAUUACUUUAUAUCUGACACAGUUCAUCCUUUGGGCAUUUCCUGCAAAACUUACCAAUGAAUUUUAGAUGUGUAGUUGCAGCUACUUUUGUUGUGGGUGUAAGUACUAUUCAUUACUGUUCAUUUUUAGAUUGAUUAGAGGUGCUGCUGCAUCAAAAAAACAAGUACUGGCAGUUGUUUGACCAAAGUACGUUUUUUUAGUUAAGUAAUUUCCAAGGUUCAAAUAAACAAAAUACUAUAACUCUUGCAGAAGAGGUUAAAAGGCUAAUGAGUGGGUUUUUAGACAAUCCUAUGUGAAUUAGCAGAAACAUUUUAUUUAAUAUUUGAUUUUUACUGGAUGCACUCAUUUUUACUUGAGAUUUUGCAAUAACUAGAGGCAACCUUGUGUGACUGUUCUGUCAGAAAUCGUGGGGGUGGGGGAACCUAAUUUGCUCUGGCUGUAAAGUGUCCAUGACUUGCAGACCACAACUUUAUACCUGUGACUACUUCUUCAGUGAAGAAAACCAACUUUUUUUCUAGAGGCCUUCUCCUCCAGUAGUAGCUAAGAAUUUUAAAAAGCUUAACAGACCACCUGAUGCAGACAAUGUUACAACUCAAAUGUUCAGCUUGGGUCCAAGUUACACCCAACAGCCUGAACAACCCAUUGACUUUGGUAUCAAGUGUGGCAGGGAAUUUUGUGAGACUGUGAGACAGUGAGAUAUAGUGAUAAAAGAAAGUUUUAAAAUAAAUCAAUGAUUAUGGCCACUAAUUUAUUGUUAAACAAAAAAAGUACAACAGAAUCAUAGAAUAGGAUUCUUGAAAACACUGGUUUAAAAAAAUGUAAUAAAGACACUAAAUCAGGAAAUUUAAUGAGAAACAACCAUUCCUCAAAACAUCAAUGAAAUUCUGAAUCCUGUUGGAAAAAGUUUAGACAUUUCAGUCACUGUAACUGUCCCAAUGAUUGUUGUAAUAAACACAAGCAACUUAAUUGAAAGACUCAUCUUGCAGUCACUUUGUGAAACUGCCAUUCAUUUUGUAACUUAUUGUUGGGACACUCUACCAUUAUACAAUGUUGAUUUACCUUUUUGUGAUGGUUUUAAAGUUUAUAAAAGCUUUUAAAAAGCUGAAGAAUAAACUUAAUCUUGUGAUGGUUCCUGAUUUUCUGGUCUGAUCAAAAUCACAUUGCUAGACCCAUGCAUUCAACUGCACUAAAUUUAAAAAGCAGCUCCACUACAAGGUGUUUAUUGCCAUUUUAGCUUUAAUUAUGGGCUUGCUUCACCUAUGUGGAAAUAAAAUUUACUGCCUCAGUUUACUUCAUGUGCCACCACUUGCAUCUACUUUUUUUACUUGCCUUAAAAGCUCUUUAUAUGUGAGCACAUACUGUUCACUGUUAAUAUCCCACCUGAUUAAUGAAUGUUCUUUUGGGUUCCACCUGGUGUUGAACAUUGUGGCACUAAAGAGUUAUAUUAACUGCCACAUGGUGGGAUUUCAACAGAACUACUCAGAAGAUUGCAACAGUUUGUUUCUUCAUAGCAUUUUUUUUAAACUUACUGCAACACCAAAGCUUGGCAAAAUUAGUUGCAUUUCAAAAUGAAAUUUAAAUGAUUUCCUUAACUUCAUCUGCACUCAACAUACUGCCUUCACCAGUUGAAAAUGGCUGAGUAAGGUAAGAUUUGCUUAUGCCAGAUGUGUGUAUUGAUAAUAUAUUACAGUAAGAGACUCACCGCUCUCUUUGCCGAAGCUCGAGGGUAUCAUUUGCAAUCAGGAUGAUGAGGGUUCACUAUUUUAAUAACAGGGCUGUGUGCAACCCGAACAGAGUUGCCAUUUCUUAUGGCGACUGAAGGAUAACCUAAGAAAUUGUAUAUUUUUCUCAAUUAUUUAUGUGUAACAUUUGAUUUAAAAAAAACUUUAGGGAUUUAAUAUUAUGUAUAUUUUUUUAAAGCCAACCAAAAUUAACAUUGCUUUUUGAAGAACAUUCCUGACAAAUGUGCAUAUGUUUUAGUUUUGCUGUACUUAUUACUGCAUUGAAAUUUUCAAUGUUGUACUUAAAAAUUAAGGCUAGAGUAACUUUCCAGACUCAAUUGUGGUUGUUCUUGUUCCAACUUCACAACAGAAAAUAAAUGUGGGAUUUUUUCCAAAACAAACUUUAUGCAAAGUAAAUGACUUUUAUACAGAAAUAGUAAUUUAGAAGAACAGUGGAAAAGUGCUAUAUAAUUUGAGUCGAUUUAUGUCAAAGCAGUAAAGUUGGUCUGAACUGAGCUUUUUCUCAGACAUACAGUACAUUAGUUUUGGACAACAGCAUUCAGCUAUCCAGUUUAAGUAGUAUUCGUAAUUCAUCUUUUGAGAAAAAUCACUGACCCUGUUGUACUCAAGUACUUACGGGUCAGUGAGUCAAGGGGAAUCCAUUUAAGAAUGUUGCCAGGAUUGAAGGGUUUGAGUUACAGGGAGAGACUGAAUAGGAUAGGGCUUUUUUUUUCCCCCCUGGAGCAUUGGGGGCUAGAGGGGUGACCUCAUGUUUAUAAAAUCAUGAGGGGUGUAGAUAGGGCGAAUAGUCAAGGUUUUUCUCCCCAUGGUAGGGGAGUCCAAAACUAGAGUGUAUAGGUUGAACAGGAGAGAAGAAAGAUUUAAGAGGGACCUGAGGAGUGACUUUUUCAUGGAGGUUGGUGCUUGUAUGGAACAUGCUGGAGACCGGUACAUUUACAAUAUAUAAAAGGCAUCUGGAUGGGUAUAUAGAUAGAAAGGAUUGAGGGACAUGGGCCAAAUGCAACUAAUUCAUUUUAUGACCUCUGGUAGGUGUGGAUGAGUUGAACCAAAAGGUCUGCUUUCAUGCUGCUUGACUAUGUGUUUAGGUUUUGUGACCUUAUUAAAUAUGUGCAUUGUGUUUGAAGUUUUGCUGCUUACUGAUAUUUUAAAGACUUAAUAUUCCUUCAAGAAUGAAAUACUUAAAUAAUUCUUAACACUACUUCAUUUUUUGCAAUAACAUAUUUUGGAGAGGUUCACAUCUACUUUCAGAUCACAGUCCAAUGACUUGUUUGGCUUCUUUCAGACCGCUUAUAGGGAACACACCACUACUCAGUUCAGAUGCAAGUUUAUCAUUUCUAGAAGUGACAUAGAUUGAUGACCUGUUUCCAUACUGUAGACAACUGGUCUCUGCAUUUAUGCAUCACAUCAGCAUAUUUGAAGGGAUAUAUCAGUGCUCAAAUGGUCUUUAACCUUGAUUGCUCCUUUGGUUUAGUUAAAUUUCUUGAAUGACUAUUUCCGGGCUUCUUAAUGUUCUCAUAGGAAGUUACAGCUUGUUCAUUGUUGCACUAUUAAUAUCUGAUUCUUCUUAGUAAUUUGUCAAGCCUGAGCUGGUCAGUGAAAUGACUGCUUUUCAGCUAUGCCUUAGAGAAUGAGGCUACAGGGCCUGGAACUCAGUUGACCGGAGCAGACUGACAUGAAGGAUUGAUAAUGGUAUAGAUGGAUCAAUUUUGUAGAUUUAGGUAAUUUGCUGAAUGAUGUGCUGUUCUAUAUUUUCUCCCUACCUUUUCCAGUGCCUUUAUUGAAAUCUUUGGUGUCAAAACAUUUAAUGAAAAGGGUUUACAUUAAGGAACUGUGCUGGAGGACCAGCAGAACUAAUUCUAAUUUUUAUAUGUCUCUCUUCCCUACAAUGACUUCAGUUCCUUUGAAGCAGCAGAUUAUCACCCACCAUAUUCAUCUGAUAGGUUGUACUAACUUCAGAUGUAAGUAAUUUAGUAUUCCUAUCAUGCCACUGAUAAUUUAAAAUUCUUUUGUUCCAUUCCCUGUCCUUGUUUUAGUUUUAUAACUUUGCUUUCCUGAUUAACAACACAUGAUCAAUGUAUCUUUUAGUUUGUUUUAACCAUCCCAUUUGUGGUUUGGGGGUCUUCACUGAAUCUUUAAUAUAAUAUAUGCAUCUUCAGAAAAUUCAAAACCAAUGAUUCUAGAACAUUAGAUGCAAUAACCAAGUAGAAAUCCUAUUUGCACUAAAUCAAGAACAAUUCUAUACUUAAUAAGAAAGUUUCACUGAGUUCCUAAAAUAUUACAAAGCAAACUUGAGCAAGAUAGUCAAUACUAAACUAGUUCUUUAAUGUAAGUGAUGUGUGCUAUGAAGAAAGUGUCAGUCAAGUUUAAUAGUUAGAAUAUAGCAAAAUGUUUCACGAUUAUUUACCUGUUUAAAUGGCUUUUGAAAAGAGCAAGCUCAAAAUCAGUCCGAUUGCAAUUUAGAAUUCUUACAAAUUUGGCCACUGCAAAGAAUGGCUCUUUUAUACGAUUGGAUAAAUCCUGAAUCAGAACAAGGAUCUAAAUAUUUAGCUAUCCUUCAUAUUCAGUAAAGUGAUCCAAAUAUUGUGCAAUUUUUAAAACGGCUUGAGAGAACUCAACUAACAUGCGAGCCUGUUGGGAAACUGUAGUUAUGGUCUAGCUGAAAAUCUGAACCAAAUGCUUACGUAGCUCAACCCUGUGAAAAUUAGCUGCAGAGGCAGAGUUCUGCCUCUGCACUCUGAAAUGAAGAGGCACCAGGUUCCCACAGACUUUGAUUGUUUCUUUUAAUCUGCAGUCUGCUGCAUGCACUGUAAACAUGAACUUAGCCUUUAUUUAUAUUAAAAAGUUACACAUUUGAAAUGGUUGCAGGAACAUAACUAUUAGAAUAUACAAUUAAGUACUGAAGCAAAGAGGAGGCCAGCAUCGGCAGUGUUAGGGUGUGGCUCUGAGAGAAUCCCUGCAAAGUUAGGGCACUUUCACAACUUAAGCAUUCAGGGUAAAACCACAAAUUUUAACUUCAAGAAAUUAGUAUGAUACCAUUUCAGUAAUAAGACAACACAAUUUCAGUUUAAACACUGCCUGAAGACCAAAAAAGUCUCAUUUGAAUUUGCAUUAAUCUACUUAGUUUAAUUUAAAUGGGACCCACACUUGCAUUGAGACAACCAAUUUAAAAAUGAAAAUAACAUGUACUUAAUAACCAAAAAAUGUAGACAAAUGCCAUAUGAUUUUUAAGCAUAAUUACAAAAGUGACCUAUUCCUGUGUCAAAUUGUAGCUGGUGCAAGUUCCACACCACAAAAACAUUAUGUAAGGUGCUUCGGUAAGGUCUCUCAAUGGCCCGGUGUGUGGCAAUGCCCUGUACUCCCUUUUAUUCAAAACUGAAGAAAAAAAUCAAAAAUGGUUCUUUGAGGUUACUUUUUUUUUUAAUGUCUAUAUACAUAUAAAAUGACGUAUAUACACUGAUGUAUUUACUGAAGUUACUAUUUUGGCAACACAAAAUGAGCAAAAGUACUAUUCAAACUGGUUCCAAUAUCUAACUGAGAAGGCAGUUAAAUGGAUAUUUUUGUACAGUUGAGAAUGCAGAGUCACCACAUAGUUAACUUCAGAUUUAACACAACUUAUGUUCUAAGUGCAUUGUGCUUACUAUUUAGCAAGAUGGUAUCAAUUCCAUCUCGUUUGUAUAAUGCACUUCAGCUGUGAGAUUUCAACCUUUCGAUAGAAGUGAUCAAUAGCUUAACCACCUCCAAAUCCAGCAAUCAACUGGUUAUUAUUUAACUGUGGUUCCAAUUUGAAUUUAAGGAACCAGGAGCUCACCAAGCUUCUUGUCAAAGAGACAUUACAUUCAACUGAAGUUCAUAAUGUUGGAUCUUUUGUUUCUUUGUAAGUUAACACCAUUAUGCUCUCAAAAAGAACUCUUACAUUCAGAUGACUAAGAGCUUUUUUUAAAGGCUCUUAUUGUAAAUUGAAAGUUAUGUUUAAGGGCUGAUCAAUUAAGAGUGUUGUUAAUUCUACACUGCAAUUAAUAAAAUACCUGAUCAUAAGCACAAUUCACUCAAGAUAGGCCAAUCUGGAUUAUAGUGAGCUGCUGCUGCUCAAAAGGUGGAAGCCAAGACAGGUAAAAACAAAAAUAUAUUAUUUUAGCCACAAUGCUAAAUUUUAAAAAUUCAAAAACCUGUGUCUAUGCAAUGCAAGAACUCAAACAAUCAAAAAUGUCUGCAGUUUCUUUAACUCAGCAAACUAUAAUAUAAUUUGAAUAAUUUUCCAUAGGAAAUACCUUCAUCUGACUAGACAGAAGAAAUUUUUAAAAAAAUGCAAGUGGAGUUUGUUGCUUGGUUAUUCUGAGAGAAGCAGAAUUUAAACACCUACCUCAGCUAUCAUUUGAACUCUGCUCAACAGGAGGCCAUCACUUCCUUCAAGGCUACAUAACGAAGCAUUGUAUAUUAUCUCUUUGAAAAGAAGAAAUUGGGAAAUCUGGACUUCAAAUAUUAAUCUGUUCUAUUCAUAGGACAGUGAAAAUAGCUCCAAAACAGUACCAAAAAUCCUAGGUACACAGCUCAAAAGUCAUGAAUCGGAAUUAAAUACAUUCCUGACCGAGUCAGAUUUGCGUCAAUGCACCAUUUUAUACAAGGAACACUAGGGCACCAGCAUAUCCAAAGAUAUUAGAGUGGGAGACAGUAGCUUGUCCCUUUAAGUUGGAAGUUUGGAUUUCCAAAAACAUUAGAGGUGCAAUUAUGAACCAUUGCAUUAUUUUUAUGGGCACAUGAUCAAAAUUAUUUCACCUUUCAAGCAGUAAAUACCAUAAAAUGAUUUUACUGAUUAGUGAUAAUUUCACAAAUGUGCAAACUCUAGCUUAAAAUAGUGCAUUGGUACAGGUGGGAAUUCAAAACAGCAGGAUUCCACGAUUUAAUCAUUUAUAAGAAUCAUUAACAUGGAGUAUUGACAAUAUAAGGCAAAGUACCUACUUGUCCUAUGCAUUUUUGUGUAGGGGAAGCCGGGAUUAAUCUUAGAGCAAAAGUUAAGGCCAUUUCUGAGUGCAUCACUGGAUGAACAGAUACGUUGGCAGACAGUGGACCAAUAGUUAAGUAAUCAGUCUUAAAAUUAUAAAAUUCCAAUGACUGAGGUGGAAAACCUGCGUCAUCAUACUGGUGUAUCAAAGUGAUAGAUCAUUAAACUAAAUUAAAUCAGUUUUGUCCUCCAUUACCAGGAGACAGAUUGGAGGCCUGCGACCAACAAUGUUCCACAGGGAUCAGGUCUGGGUCCACUUUUGUUUAUAGAAGUGACAAUUUGGAUAAGAAUAGAGGAAGCAGUGUUAGUAAGUUUGCGGAUGACACCAAAAUUAGUGCUAUAGUGGACAGCAAAGGUGGUUAUCUAAGAUAACAAAGAGAUCUUGGUCAAUGGGCUGAGGAGUGGCAGAUGGAGUUCAAUUUGGAUAACUGAGGUAUUGCAUUUUGGUAAACCAAACAAGGGUAGGACUUGUCCAGUUAAUGAUAGGGCCCUGGGUAGUGUUGCAGAACAGUGACCGAGGAGCUCAGGUACAUAACUCUUUGAAAUUUACGUGACAGGUACACAAGGCGGUUAAGAAGGCAUUUAGCAUGCUUGCCUUCAUUGCUCAGACCUCUGAAUUGAGGAGGUGAGACAUCAACAUCCUGUACAACCUCAAUAUGGUGAGCCUCUUCUAGAGUACUGCUGAAAGGAAGGAUAUUAUUAAAUUGGAGAGAGGUCAGAAGUUUUACCAGCAUGUUUCUGGGAGUGGAGGGUUUGUGUUAUAAAAAUAGGCUAGGGCUAUUUUCACUGGAGCGCAAGAGGUUGAGGGGUGACUUUAUAGUGGUUUAUAAGAUCAGGAGGGGCACAGAUAAGGUGAAUGGCAGGAGUCUUUUUCCUAGAAUGGGGGAGUUCAAAACCAGGCAUAUUUUAAAGUGAGAGGGGAAGGUUUUUUUUUUAAAACACAAAGUGGUUGGUGUGUGGAAUGAACUGUCAGGAAGUGGUGGAUGUGGAUACAGUUAAUGUUUAAAAAAUAUUUGCACACAAAUAGGAAAUGUUUGGAGGGAUAUAGGCCAAAUGCAGACAAGUGGGAUUAGUUUAAUAUGGGAUUUUGGUCAAUGUGGACUAGUUGGACCAAAGGGUCUGUUUCCAUGCUUUAUGACUCUGACUGUGUUAGAUGCGUUCAUGACCAGGUGUUGAAUAUCAUGAAUGAACUACAAUUGUUGGCAGAUAAAAAGUGUUCAGGCCAUGACACGUAAACUGAUAUGAGCAAGACCAAUAUUAUGAAAAUUUCUAGCAAUGCAGGUGAAAGUGAGUAGCAGAAUUUUUUUAAAAAAUUAAUUCAUGGAAUGAAAGCAUCACUGGCAUGACCAGCAUUUGUCACGCCCUCAAGUUAGGUCAAGAAAUACAACCUAAAUACAGAGAAUGCAAAAUGAUAGAUGCUAGACAUGGGAAGCUGCUAAGAUUCAAGGGAAAAACUGACACCUAACAGAAGGUAUUAUUGAAACUACUGAGAAAAGAUCUGAGGAAAAAGAAAGUAAUAUGAUUAGGAGGAAGCAACUGAAGGAUGCAUCUAGACUGGGAGAUUAAAAGAACAAAAGCGCAAUAAAAGUGUUUUAGAGAAGCAAGAAUAGCAUCUUAACUUUUCUGAAAAAGACCACUAAGGAUAUUGAGACACAAAAUGGGUGAUGGUUAAACGUAUGGUGUAAAUUGACAGACAUCAAUGCCCUAACUUCACAUUUUAAUUUGAAGUACAGUUUCUAACUCAUGUCAAACAUUUGGAGAUUGGUUGCAAAUCUGGUUACUACAGCUACUAAUUUUCAUGGCUGCAGAUAGACCAACUUACAACUUCUCUUUCUCUGACAAACACAAUUGAGAAUUAGAAUUUCAAUAGAAAGCCCCAGAAACCCAAAUCUUCUGUUUCUGCUGGUCUGGGAUUAAAACUUUUUUCAAGUUAAGGGCACUUAGCAGACCUAAAAGUAAGCUGAAUACUAGAAAUUGUUUCAUAACUUUAUGCUAUCCACUUAAUAUACAGACCAGGAAACAAAAACAAUAAACAACGUGAUUUAAGUCAGCGAGCCAGAUUGAGUUUCUACAACUGUAGCCAAUUGUUUGAAUUAAGAUUUGAAAUACCCACAUACUAGUUUCAUCAGUGAUAUUCUAAGUAUAAAGAAACAUGCAAUCUAAUUGGAAAUCAUACCCAAAAUUUAAUUUUGAUACCCAGACGAUAUCAGUUACAAUAC